AGUGGACAACUUAUUUCUGAAAAACCUCGCAAAAGAAGAAGGCGAAGAUUGCUUGAAAAGCACACUGGAGCAAGAAACUUCAAGUUUGCAAUCCAGAGAAAACAGCUCUUUAGGUGUUGAAAAUGGCCGUCAUGCUGAAGCCCUGGACCGUCAUCGCUACUCUCCUCUUGUGCGUGCUCCUGUGUCUCGGGACCUUUGUGGAAGCCUAUCCGCCUAAACCAGAGAAUCCUGGUGAUGAUGCUCCUCCGGAGGAGCUUGCCAAAUAUUACACCGCGCUGAGACAUUACAUCAACCUUAUCACGAGACAAAGGUAUGGAAAAAGGUCCACCUCUGAAGAUGUGAUGGCAGAGUUGCUGUACGGGGAUGACACAGACCACAAACAGAGAUCAAGAUAUGAUGACUCUUUUAUGUGGUGAAGUUCAGUGACCCCCAGUGUGUUAACUGUCCUGAGCUAAGCCCUCCUGUGCCUCCCACAGAAAAACUCCAGACAACCAUAUGAGAGCCAGUCACCAUCUAAGAACCUAAUUCACCUCUUUAUAAAGGCCUUCUUUUUCUUUCAUGCUCACAGAACAAAUAUAAUUUUAAUUUGUACAUAAAUAUUAUAAUAGAAGCUAUUGAUGGGAAUGUACAUGUGUAUACUUUAUUGUGUCAUACAGACAUUAUUCUUUUUUGUUUGUACCGUGUACUUUUUUCUAUGUCAU